AUGCCUCUUGCAACUGGGGAAAGUCUGCAGUCUGCAUCCAAGGACAACACCUGUCCUUAUGGUUACUGGUUCGACUAUGACGAGCGCUGCAUCUCGGAUCCUUGCGUGGACAGUGUCGACCGCUUGCACGUGUGUUGUAAGUCGGCCGAUCCGUGCACGUCCCUCACCUGCCCCAAUGGCUACAUCUACAAGUCGAACAUCGGGGCGCUCACCUGCGAGUUUGGGGCAUGCAAUGUUACCACCAACGACUUGAAUCGCUGCUGCGAUGUCGCUGCUCACUGUAACACGCUCACCUGCGGUCACGGCUACACGUUUGAUCCGGCGGCAUACGACACCUACUGUCCUGCCACGAUCUGUGACAUCAACCGUGAUCGAGACCUUUGCUGCGAGCCGGCACCGCUGUGCUCCACCUCCUAUGCCUGCCCUCAUGGCUUCACUGCCUGGCCAGACACAUACUGCGAUGGCAUCACCUGCGAUGUGGUUCGCGACCUCAACAUUUGCUGCCGCCCCGCGAUGCCUUGCUCGGUCAUGAACUGUCCACUGAACUAUGUGCUUCGGUACGACACCUAUUGCCAAGGAACAACCUGCGUAGAAUCACGAGAUCUCUUCUGGUGCUGCGAGCGUGGUAUGGCCUUGUCCUACUACCAGUUCGUUCCGCUCGAGCUCCGUCAGGUCGGGGCUCUUGUGGUGCAGAUGUCGGACUUCUAUCUGUACAACCAGCAGGUGGAAGUGGCAAACUACGACUCGGCGGUCUUCUACUGCGAUCCCUGCGACACGCCCGUGAACCUGCGGGAGGAGCCCACAAACCUCGGCGACAGGAACCCGGAAACGAAGUGGUUGGAUUACACCAGCAAUCCUUUCUUCGUGAGGCUGCCGGUCGCUCAGCCAGCAUUCAGCUACAGCUUCGUGACUGGCAACGACGAGUCGCAGCGAGAUCCGAUCCGGUGGCAGCUCUGGGGCUCCCCCAACAACAUCGACUGGGUCAUCCUGCACGAGGUCAACGACCGCAACGUUGGGCUCAGCAUCGUGCCGUUGGAUCGGAAAACCUCCACCGGGCAGAUCCAAGUCGAUGUUCCCUGCUAUUCCCCAACUGGGAGCUACAUCGACAACUCGGCCAACAUCACCUGCGAGGAGGGGGACCUCAUCCAACAUGGAUACAACUGCACCCCUGCCUGCCUGCCCGGCUUCACGGCCGACGUGGCCGAGAUCACGUGUAUGGACGGGGAGCUCGCGCCCCCAACGUUUGGCUGCGAUGCGGACAACAGCACCGCCUGA